AUGAAUACAGUAUUUCAGCUUCUGUCAACUUUGUGCAUCCAUCUCCAGAGUUCAGCAGACGAGGCGGUGGAGAAGAUGGAGAAGGUGUUCACUGAGCUCAUCUGCUCUCUGGAGAAGAAACGCUCUGAGAUUAAAGAGCAGAUCAGAGCUCAGGAGAAGACUGAGACAGAUCGAGCAGAGCAACUUCACCAACAUCUGCAUCAAGAGCUGACACAACUCAGAAAAACACAAGCAGAGAUCCACAAACUGAUCACUACUGAAGACCACAUCCACUGUCUGAAGAGCUGUGAGUCUGUGUGUGUUUUACCCAAUUAUGAAGACGUUCCCAACUUCACUCCACACACUCAUCUGUCUUUUAAAGACCUUUCAUUCUCAGCAUUCAGAGAGGCUUUAGAGGACACCUGUCAACAGCAAACAGCCGCAAUAUACGGAGCAGUGUCAAACGUUCAUGUGGUACAGACUCCAAAUGCAUUCCUGCAAUAUUUCUGUCAGCUGGAACUGGAUCCAAACACUGCAAAUAAAGAGCUCAAACUGUCUGAAGACAACAGGAAGGUUUCAUAUUCACAUACAGUCCAGCGGUAUCCUGAUCACCCAGAGCGAUUUGAUCCAUGUAAUUAUGUGUUGUGUAAAGAGGGUUUGACUGGUCGCUGUUAUUGGGAGGUCGAGUGCAGUGGGAAUGAAUGGGCUGUAGCUGUUUGCUACAAAGGAAUUGAACGUAAAGGAAUGGGUGACUGUAGAUUUGGCUUCAACAAAAUAUCCUGGAGACUGGGCUAUUGUCUACCAAAUUUUUGUUUCAUACAUGGUAACAGACUGGUCCGUGUCCCUCUUGCCUCUAGAAUAGGAGUGUAUCUGGACCACAGAGCAGGAUUUCUGUCCUUUUACAGCGUCUCUGACACAAUGACCCUCCUUUAUAAGGUCCAGACUACCUUCACUGAACCUCUGUACCCUGGGUUUUUAACUGGAAAUGGUUCUUCAGUCAGGAUAAUGCCAACCAAGGAUAGUUCAGAAAGACCAGAAAUGAAUAUCAUUGACUGAGUUACAGAUUUAGUUGCUAAACUUAAGUGUGUAUGUGUUUAAAUCAAAAUGUCAUUUGUAGUUUAACCAAACAAAACGUUAAGAAAAAAGGCGUACGAUGGACAUGAUAUGGGUUAGUUGAGACUCUCUGAAUUGAAUAUCACUGAAUAAAUCUGCAGUUUAUUAUCAGAUGUGUACUUCAGAAAUUGGUUAUAGUGAAAUCUGUACGAUACAUGUGGGUCUUUAAUGGUAUUACAUUUUAUUUUAUUAAAUUUUUGCUUUCUUAUGGUGCCAUGGUAAAACUUCUCAAUCCUUAAAUGGCCCAUAAAAAAAUAAGUCAGUCACACUUUCUUUUAAGAUACAGUUACUAUUACAUACAAAGAUUUCCACUCACUGUAUUACCAAACCAUUAACUAAAACUUGUAGCUCAAACAGUUUUUUUGAGAUUGUGUCAAAGCAGCUUAGCAUUAAAGUUCUAGUAAAUCGAAA